UGUCUUGUCAAUUUGUCAUUUACAUUGUCAGAUUGUCACUGUUUUCUUGUCUGGAAAUUUGAAACAAAUUACAUUAUUACCUCAAUAUUUACCGUUUAGAUUGCGUUAUAAUUACAUCAAAAGCUACUAUGUCAGCACAAAACUCGCCGGUAAAGGCGUCGAGAUCGCCUAGCGUCAUUGAAACUGUGCAAGACUAUGAUAGUCAGGAUACGUUGUUAAAACAUGUGGACAUAUCGAUAGUGGAGUCAGAGAAACGUGCCAAUGGUACAUUGCACGUCCGCGAUCAUUACACCGUGUAUCUAAUCGAUCUGAAAGUGACUGACCCGGACUACAAACUAGUCCAAUCAAAGAUCAGCACAAUAUGGAGAAGGUACACAGAGUUUGAGCAGAUUCAUGACUACCUACUUGUGACAUAUCCGCAUGUCAUUAUACCUCCAUUACCUGAGAAGAGGGUCUUGUAUGCAUGGAGGAAGUCUGACACCACAGACCCUGAGUUUGUGGAGAGGAGACGCGCUGGAUUGGAGAACUUCCUGCUUCGGGUGGCAUCACAUCCUCGACUCUGCUUCGAUGACCAGUUUAUUAACUUUCUGCAACAGGAACAUGGUUGGCGGGAAACAAUUACUGACAGUGGGUACAUUCUGCAAGCUGAAAAUAAAAUAAAGUCCCUAUCAGUAUCAAUCAGAUUAAAAAAGCCAGACCCUGAAAUUGAGAGUGUAAAAAACUAUGGAAAACAAUUAGAGACUAAUUUAGGAAACUUUCUUUAUACUAGAUCUAAAAUAAUAGAAAAGAAUUAUGCGCUGUGCAAGCUUCACGCGAACUAUGGCAAGCUGUUCAGUGAGUGGAGUGUCAUAGAGAAAGAGAUGGGAGAUGGGUUGCAGAAAGCAGGACAUUAUUUUGACUCAAUAGCGGACAGCAUAGACUCGGUGGCAGAAGACGAGGAGCAGCUGGCGGACCAGCUGAAGGAGUACCUGUUCUACGCCAGCGCGCUGCAGCAGCUCUGUACCAACCACGAGAUGCUGCAGCGGACCCUGGAGAACGCACAGGACACGCUUAACAAUAGGAUAUCAGAGCGCAGUCGCGCGGCGGCGGGCAAGUCGGGUCUGAUGUCGCGGCUGUUCGGGACCACGGACCCUGACAUCGUGCGCGACCAGACCACGCGGGCGCUCGACUCCAAGAUUGUCUCUGACAAGGACGCCAUCGAGAAGGCUAAGACCGAUUUAGAAGAAUUCACAAAGAAGGCGCAGGUAGAAAUAGAAUAUUUCCAAAAACAAAAAGACAAGGAUCUCCACGAGUCGCUCGUUAGCUUUAUUACGCUGCAGGUGAAGGCAGCGAAAAAGAAUCUCCAAGCGUGGACUCAGAUCAAGGAAUGUCUGCAAAACAUGCCGUAAGCCCCACCAAAACGAUUUUAUACCAAAUGUACCUUGUGCUCUAUGUAAUAAAACUCUUUUUCUAUCUCAA